GCAAAUUUUCUUCAUCAUUUCCAUUUUUUUUAUAAAAAAAAUCGUGGUUGUUUUCUUUUUUCCCAAACAAGAAAGUAGCAGACAACAAAAUUUGAGAAAAUUAGGAGAGAGCAACAAGGUCGUCAUCAUCAUCAUGGAAAGCACAGAUUCGUCUACGGGCUCACAGCACCCACAGCUUCCACCGGGGUUCCGGUUCCACCCCACCGACGAAGAGUUGGUAGUUCACUACCUGAAGAAAAAAGCUGCCUCGGCUCCUCUUCCUGUCACCAUCAUCGCGGAGAUCGAUUUGUACAAAUUUGAUCCAUGGGAGCUUCCAAGUAAGGCGACGUUUGGAGAGCAAGAAUGGUAUUUUUUCAGUCCUAGAGAUAGGAAAUACCCAAAUGGGGCUAGGCCUAAUAGAGCAGCGACUUCUGGGUAUUGGAAAGCUACUGGAACAGAUAAGCCUAUACUAACAUCUAAUGGAAAUCACAAAGUCGGUGUUAAAAAAGCUCUGGUUUUCUAUGGUGGAAAACCCCCGAAAGGGAUUAAGACAAAUUGGAUUAUGCAUGAAUACCGCCUGGCCGACGGCAAAAACUCCUCUGCUACUACCACCAAGCCUCCUGAUUCAACACCUAACAAGAAAGCCUCUUUAAGGAAAAACAACUCUCAAAGGCCAAUCAUAGAUCGCGAUAAAGAUGAUGCCAUGGAAGCUAUGCUUAUGCCCUCAAUGCAAGGUCAAUUAUCAGUGGCCAGCAGCCAGCAGAAUCCAAAACCCCCACUAUCGAAACCGGCCAAUUACGCCUCUUUACUUGAAAACGACGACAGCUUUUUCGAAGGAAUACUAUCAGGGGACGGCAUGCAAAAUACAAGUUCCAUUUCUCAUCAUCAGUUCGCAACUUCGAGCUCGAAAAGCAACCUGGCGGCGGCGGUGAAACGCCCACCGCCACAACAGUUUUGGAAUGACGUCGGAUCGAUUGGGAACUCGGCGGCGAAGCGUUUCCAUGGCGAUCUGAAUAGUGGUGGAAGCAGUAGUACAGGAGGUGAGGUUCAUGAUCAGGAAAACAAUUCAUUUGUUUCUUUGUUGAAUCAAAUCCCACAGACUGCCCCAUUCCAUCCAAACUCACUUAUUGGGUCUCUUGGCGAUGGGGUUUUGCGUCCACAGUAUCAGCUUCCGAGCAUGAAUUGGAAUUCGUAGUUUAAUUUUGGAAGAUGGGUCUGAAUCAGAAUGAUUUAUGUUUGAUAUAUUCUCUUCAAUAGUGUACGUUGCUGCAGCAGGUCGCAAAUAUAGGUGAGACUUCUCAUAUAUAUAUAUAUAUAUAUAUAUAUAUAUAUUUUCAAUUUUUAGGUUUGGUUUUUUAAUUUUAAUUAUAAUUUUAGAUAGUAUAUUUGGAUUAUUAUAUGUACUUUUGAGGUAAUCCAAAAAAAAAAAAAAAAAAAACUAAUUAAGGAUAUUAAUGUUUAAAAAAGAAGAAAGCUUUAUUUAUAAAUAGGAAAAUUAAUAUGCGAACAUGUAUGAUAAUCUUUUAUUUCAUGUUUUUGAUUGGAGAAAAUUAAUUAUCUAUCUUUAGUGAUGCCUUACCAUUAAUAUAUAUAUAUAUAUAUAUAUUUUUUUUUUUCAAUUUAUUUUAGCAACAAAUUUCGUAACAGUAACAAAGCCACGUGAUAUGUCGAUGGAUGCAUGAAGAUUAUUAAACCCAAGUUGUAAAAGAAAUUUGAAAUAUAUAUAUGUCGAAGAUUUUUUUAUUUUCUUUUAAUUUCAUAUUGAUAUGUUAUUACUAUAUUUUUCUCUUCUUUUUCUUUUUCUUUUUAUAUCACAAAGUAAUAAAAGAAUUAAUCCAUUGCAUGGUCCCAACUAGGGUUUGGCACCAAGCUUUCUUUCAGUUUCACUUUCUGUUAUUUGUCUAUUUUAAUAUAAUAUAUUUUUUUCUU